GAUUCUACCCGACUUUCUUCCGAACAACAUCGGCCUAGCUCUUGGGCUUGACGACACUGACCAAAAUGCUAUCCUCCUCGUUGCGCCGUGUGGCAUGGACGCCUCUUGCGCCCAUCUCCGGCAUUUCUCGCUCUUCCACUCAGACUUUGUCAACUUCCUCCAACGGUCUUCUCGGCGCCACUCAACAUGUGCGUCAGCGCCGGUACUCGUCUUCGUCCUCGAAACCCAGCGAUGGCUCCCGGCGGGUAGAAGCCUCGUCUCAGGCUCCCGCGAAGGGUGUCAACUCGGGGGAGAAACGUGAAGGGAAAGCCUCGAAACGCCGUGGGAAGGACAACGGCCGCAACGGUCCCAAGUCGAACCAGCCGUCAGCGUUUUCCAACCUGCCCAGCGUUCCCUCGACACAGCACCUGCAGCCUCAUGAUGUCCAUGUGGCGUCGUUCUUCUCCAUCCAUCGCCCCAUCUCCGUCUCGACCACCGUCCCCCCGACCUCCACCGCCGAAGCCUUCAACGCUAUCUUCACGGCGAAGAAGCCCACCAAGCAGGAAGCGGACGACGUGAUCUUCACGCUAUCCGCCGCCGCAGACACCAUGGAGAGCUCAGCCCACCAGCUCGGCGAGCAAGAAGGCAGCGCCCUGGGCAACCACUUCGAGAUGGACCACCACUCCGACAGCAGCCUCAACAUGGCCGACCUGAAGGUCUCCGUGGAGGAUCUCGCCAAGCGCUUCCGCCCGUUCAACCCGCCUCCGGCCCCCGUGCCCUUCGACGAGGCCAAGGCCGCCGCCGACGCCGACGCCGCCGCUGCCACCGCCGCCGAGCCGGACAACAACAGCUACUCGGCUGUUCUGACCAUCCACGAGUCCACGGACGCCCAGGGCCGCAAGACCUACCAGGCUCACACGGGCCCGUUCGUCCGCUCCCCGGAAAUGGACGCCCCCGGCGCCGCCGACGAGUCCAACGCCGUCAUCGACGCCCCGCACAGCAACCCCGGCGCGACUUACGUCGAGCGCUCGCGCAACAACCGCACCAUGCACGCCAUCAGCACGCGGAGACGGCGCUUGGCGAAGAUGAAGAAGCACAAGUUCAAGAAGCUGCUGCGGCGGACGAGGACCCUGAGACGGAAGCUCGAUAAGGCUUGAUCGUGAGAUAUACUGUUUGUAUGUCUUGAUUGACACCGUUUCUAGCUUUUCUUUCUUUCUCUUUUAUCCUCUACCAGUCUUGUUCACCAAUACACCACAGCUCCACAGUAUUUCAUAUAUGAGAUUUGGAACCCUCCUUUUCCUUUCCAUUUUUCCUUUAUCUCUUCCUUUUCCACAUAAAGGGUCCUCAUUUUUCUUUGAUUCGCUAGUUCAGCUUUGUGGUGUUUGGAUUUACUUUGACUUUUUUUGGUCCUCCGUACUGCAUAGUUCUCUCGCAUCGUCCGCUUAUAGACAAUAUUAUUUACAUAUCCCCAUUCC